UAGUUAACGUAGAAAUCUGACAAGUUAGUCAAGAAAAUUAACGGUGAUUCGACAAAUUUAAGUGUACCUACCUAUAGUAAAAAUGUUUAAAUCCCUUUCCACUCCUUUCUUACACCCAUGCAAAUCCGUCCCCAUCAUUAAAAAUUUCCCCCGCGGCUCCGAUUGGCUGCACAAAAUACCCUUCGGCUCGCCGGGAAGAUUCCACCACACGACCCGUCCCGACGCCAAUCUAAUCAGAAAUUUCUUCGCCCAAACCGCCCAACCGGAGACCAUCGAAGACACCAGCCCCAAGCCCCAGCAACCCCAAUCUCCUCCAGACCCAACCGACGACUACGAAGAGUUCCUGCCCUUGAUCGAACCCGGCAAUCACACUGCAAGCAACCCAGGGGACCAGUACGAGACCUUCACCGAACACUACGAGGAGGAGAGAGUGGAGCACCACGUGGGGCACUUGGCUGGUCCGCGGAUCGGCGAUCAGCUGGGCAAAAUAGGCGGAUUGCUGAACAAAGACGGGCACUAUCGCCACAGCUACUCGACGAAGGCGAUCGCCGGCGACGCUCGCGACGCCCGCGACGCUCGCGACGACGGCCAGCCGACCGUCGAGUACUUCAAGAGGUCGAAGAAGCUGCGUAGGACGUUGGAGGAGGACGACGGGGAGCCGUUUCUGGCGGGCGACAACGCCGAGGAUGUGGUGUUUUAUUAUGAGGAAGACAUUGAAGAGACCAAUAUCUAUCCGGCGAAGGGUUUGGAUGAUGUUAAGGUUAAAAGAGCGGAGGAUCGUGGGGUUGAAAAGGCCGUCGGGACCGUUGCGACGCCGGAAAGUUUGACGAAUGUUAAUGUUUGAUUGUAUUAAAAAUGUUUUUUUUAAUAAUUGCUUUUAUUAAUGCGUGCGUGGGUACAUAAAUGUGGUAGUU